GCUCAAAGAUCAAUCACAAGAUAAACCCUAAAUUAAAAUCAUAUUAAACAUGUCUCAUAUUUCUGUGGAGAGAAAUAGGAGAAGGCAAAUGAAUGAACAUCUCAAAGUUUUGCGUUCUUUAACCCCUUGUUUCUACAUUAAGAGGGGUGACCAAGCAUCGAUCAUAGGUGGUGUGAUAGAGUUCAUCAAGGAAUUGCAGCAAGUUUUACAGGCUCUUGAAUCGAAGAAACAAAGGAAGAGUUUAAGCCCUAGCCCUAGUCGAAGUACUCCAAAAUCACUACUUUUGCCUGCAAAACCUAACUGUAGCGCUGUCGGAUUAGAAACUGUGGGAGAAAUUGGCGCAUGUUGCAACUCACCGCUUGCGGAUGUCGAAGCAAGGAUCUCGGGAUCGAAUGUCGUCCUGAAAAUAGUUUGCCGACGAAUACCCGGUCAGAUUAUAAAGAUAAUAUCUGUGCUGGAGAGAUUUUCAUUUGAAGUUCUUCACCUCAACAUCAGCAGCAUGGAAGACACUGUGUUAUACUCCUUUGUCGUCAAGAUUGGUCUGGAAUGUCAGCUGAGCCUGGAGGAGCUUGCUGUUGAAGUUCAGCAAAGCUUCUUCUCGGACCCUGUUUUCCUUAACCAAAUAUAG